UGCGCUUACAGAGGUCACACACAUAUUCGGCCCUUUGAUCUUGCACCUGUCCGGUCCGCUCGCCUUAUCAGUAGAAUUCUCUUCUCCAGCAUCACCACUGUUAGAACUGUCAGAAUGGCUGGAAUGACAUGGGGCAAAUACUUGAUGAGCACACAUUUCUGGGGGCCUGUUGCCAACUGGGGCCUGCCAAUAGCUGCUAUGAUGGACCUGAAGAAAGAUCCAACAAUGAUCAGCGGUAAAAUGACUACAGCCCUGUGUAUAUAUUCCAUGUUGUUUAUGCGGUUUGCAUGGAAAGUGCAGCCAAGGAACAUGCUCCUGUUUGCCUGUCAUGCAACAAAUGAAACUACACAGCUAGUACAAUUAAUGCGGUUUACACAUCACUAUUACCUGAAGUCUCCGGAGGAUAAGCACCAGGCAUCUCUACAAAAGCCAACAGAAUAGGUCAUAAGUUAGUCAUACAUAUAUAUAUAUGUGUGUAUAAUGUAUAAUUGUUACAACCUUAUAAAGACUGACAUUUCCUGUUCGUUAUAUAAUUGGUACAACCAUAUAAGGACUGGUAUUUCCUGCCCAUUGUAUAAUUGUUACAACCAUAUAAGGACUGGUAUUUCCUGUCCAUUGUAUAAUUGUUACAACCAUAUAAGGUCUGGUGUUUCCUGCCCAUUGUAUAAUUGUUACAACCAUAUAAGGACUGGUAUAUCCUGCCCAUUGUAUAAUUGUUACAACCAUAUAAGGUCUGGUAUUUCCUGUCCAUUGUAUAAUUGUUACAACCAUAUAAGGUCUGGUGUUUCCUGCCCAUUGUAUUAUUGUUACAACCAUAUAAGGACUGGUAUUUCCUGCCCAUUGUAUAAUUGUAGCAACCAUAUAAGGUCUGGUGUUUCCUGCCCAUUGUAUAAUUGUUACAACCAUAUAAGGUCUGGUAUUUCCUGCCCAUUGUAUUAUUGUUACAACCAUAUAAGGUCUGGUGUUUCCUGCCCAUUGUAUAAUUGUUACAACCAUAUAAGGUCUGGUGUUUCCUGCCCAUUGUAUAAUUGUUACAACCAUAUAAGGUCUGGUGUUUCCUGCCCAUUGUAUAAUUGUUACAACCAUAUAAGGACUGGUAUAUCCUGUCCAUUGUAUAAUUGUUACAACAGUAUAAUGUCUGGUAUUAUCGGUGUAUUUGUAUAACUGUUACAACAGGAAAAGGCUGGAAUAUGUUUGUCCAAUUUGACUUUUUCUGUGAGCUAUGUUUGUGGAGCAUUGAUUGGUGGAAGAAUGCGUUAUGUGACUGAUCAGUUGGCCUACAGCAAUCAAUACAGUAUAUAGAUAUUAUAAUACACCACAUUGUAAAACAUCUUCUGUAUGUAUUGCUGAACUUGCUCUUUUGUUUUCACACUUUUGAUGCCUUGCAUUUUUCUUGUUAUAAUGAUCUGAUAUCUACAAUUAUGUUUAUAUUUGUUUUGAUAAUUACUCUAUCAAAAUAUCAAGUAUCUUUCAAAAUAUCUGAAAAUUAGAAAAAAUCAUGAAUUGUUCUUUUUGAUUUAUUUCAAGCCAUCGAUAGACCCUGAUAUUUUUUAAAUGCCCAAGGGAUUUUACCACAAAGAUAUCAUUUUUAUAUGAUUUUACAUAGCAUACUAUUUUCAUGUUUUCCAUAGGAACAUUUUCACAUCUUUGAAUGUGGUGACCUUGAACUAAGGUCAUAUUGUUAGGGCCAUGGACCUUGGACAUCAGAAAUGAAUGACCAUGUGCCCAUUGUAGAUGUUCCUGUAUAACUUUGUUAUCUUUGGCUAGAUACAAUGUAUCAUUUCCAUCAUUUGUUCAAGAACAAAGUCAGGGGUGCAGACAUCUUCGGUGAGGUUCAGGUUCUGUUCAGCUAGAUUUAAGUCACCUGAGAAGGAAAUGUUUGGAUGAAUGGCUACCAAAUUUGUACAAUUGAAUGACCUUGACCUUCUUUCAAAGACGAAAGGGUUCAAGAGUGAUGCAAUAUUUACCGUCCCAGUAAAUGUCAUGACAUCAGUCGAUUAGCUUGAGAUAAACAAACCUUGAUCUGCACUCUAGAUCACAGGGGUUAAGAUGUGUUAGAUCUUAGUUUACAGAUUAAAAGCAAGACAUCAUCUAUCAGUAUACUUCAGAACUCAGGUGACCAAUAAGCCAAAUUGAUCCAUUGUAUCAAUGACCUUUCUCGAAGGUCGAGGUCUCCGAGCAUACAUGUUUUGCCAAGAAUGUUGUCUCUAUACACCACUACAUGAGGAAUGGUGCCUAUUUACAUAAGAUUACAUAACUACCAGACAAUCCAGUGUACUGGUAUAAUUUUAAUUAAUAGUUGAAAGAAUUACUAACAGAGAAACUUUUCAAAAUAUAUCUUCGUAUUACAUCUUACAUCAAUCAUUCAUGGUUAUAUCAUUCUCAAGUUAGCUAAUAUGUAUAAAGUACUGAGUCAUCAUGACAAAAGCACCUGUUAGGAUUACACACACAGAAUACAUAUGUUGUGAAGAUGUACUGUUGCUCAUUGCGAGUAUUAGGUGCAUUUUAGGGAGUUUGAGAAGAAAAGGGAUCCAAAUCAAUAUUUCCAUACUUGGUAUAUGAAUUUCACUUCUUUUCUCCUGCACAUUUUUGAAGAGGAUUAAUUGCAAACUUUCAUUAUAAAAGUGAUGCAUUUAAAAUGACUAUAGUGACAAUGAGAUUACACUUGCUGUUUUUAUAUAUUUUAGAUAUCAAACAUCAAAAUUAAGCUGAUGUGUGUGUUGGAUAUUUUGUGAGAGGCAUUUUAGUGUUUUGUCUGUUUUUUAACAAUAGAGUGCAUUUCUAUGCAUAACGUUUAGGUGGAAAAAUGUAACAUUCAGGAAUGUUACUUUGACUGCAGUCUAAGUAAUUUCCAACAUUAACCAAUAUGCAAAUUUUUACAUGUACCUGUAUAAAUGCAAACAUGAAGGGUUUGAUUCAGAAGGGAGAUGAGUUUUCUUUAAACUGAAUACCUGGGUAUGCAUGAGAAAACCUAUGAAUGGAGAUUAAUUGUGUCAUAGAGCUUGAUGUGUGACCCUGUGAACUUAAACUGUAUUGUACAUAUCAAGUCUGUCAUGUAGCUUGUGUAAGUGUGAUGUCACUGUAGUGUACAAUCUUCCAAGAUAGAUAAUCACGGUCAAAUACACUAUGCUAUGCUAGUGUAGUAAAGUAUAGUGUAAUCAACUGAGGGGAUCCGUCAUGAGACAAUGAGAAAAUCAUGAGACAAUGAGAAAAUCAAUGUCCUAGUUCUUAUGUUCAUAUGUUUGCUCAGAUUAGUUAGUGAACAUUCCACAACCUGUUGGUAGUAAUACCUGUAACAUGUGUGUUGAUUUUGUUGUGAACUGUGGUGAUUUCCUAUAAUUAGAUGUUUAAUUUGUUACUGUACAACACCUUAUACCAGGAAAUAGGACUGGAGGGGUGUGGCAGACAAGAGUUUUAGGAGUGUGGCGUAGUAUAUGUUGGGAGUUUUUGUUGUUAUUGGGGAGGUCAGUUGUUGAUCUUGUUACAUUAAUGUAGAUAUCUUUAAAUAGAUGUGUUUCUCAUUAGUUACAACUCUGAAGUUUUUGGUUGUGCUAUACAUGCUAAGUACUUGACCUUUCUGCUGUCAUGUUUGACUUUAUAUAUAUUAGCAAUAUCAUUUUAUUUUCUAAGUAAUAGUUUAUUCACCUGCCACCAGAUCUUUUGAGUUAUAAUAUUAUCCAGUGCUGAGGGAAAAAGUGUGAUAUACAGUAUAAAUGAUGUGAGGAUAUUAUAUUAUAACCAGAUUGUUUUAUAUACCAGAUUAUCUGCUACUAACUCAGAAGUUGUUGAUAUAACACCGGUUAGUGAAUAUAUACCUGUAAGGUGACCUCCUGGUUUCUACACUACACUGGUUCUACACAGCUCUACAGCCAGAAGGCUGUGAUGGGAAAUCAUCGUGAACAAUGUGAUGUAUUUUUUCAAGUGUGUGGGCAUUAUUUUUACAUAAACAACUAAGUAUUCAGUAAUAAUUGAUGUUCUCAGGUUCGGUGGUAAAUACUCAGGUAGCAUACUGAUAACAGGCUAUGUUAUACAGCCAGGAGUGUGUGAUGCAGGAGAACAUAGAUAAAUGUACAAAUGUACGCGACAUUGUAUAAAAAAUGUGAAAUAGUACACAUCUUGGUCCUUGAUAUUGGAGAUUUUUUGUAAUAGAUGUGAUUUAAUGGAACCAAUACUGUAUCAUAUCUGUUUGACAAUUUUUAUUUUUAAAAUAUAUUAUAAUCUUCAUAUUUUUUUUUAUUUUAGCUUGUUUAGUUUUUUAAAAUUUGAUGGCAUAUAGUUGAAAUAUGACCAUUCCACAACUUCUAUGUGAAAGUGUUUUUCUUAUCUAAUGAAACAGUACAAUUGUUUUCUUAUCUAACAAAACGGUUCAAUUUUAUGAAAAGUCAACAAAAUGCUAAAACAUCUGCACAUAUGCCAUCAUUUUCUUAGUUUUGUAUGUUAUUUAGAGGUUGGGAAGGAAAUGAUAGGUAUACAAUACUAAUGUAUGUACAGGAAUUAAUAAACAGAGAAAAUGUGAAUGACAUGAAAAAUAAGAGACUUGCGUUAUAUUCUUGUGGUAAAGUUGUAUUGGAAGAACCAGAAGUCUAUGUUAAAGUGUAAUCUGAGAGGGAAAUAGCUUACGUUAAAUAAAAAUACCACUACCAA